AAGACCCUUCCCCAUUGGUUGUGUUUGGAGCGGAGAUCCUCUUGUGGAGAGAAAAAUGAAAGGAAAAAGUAUUUCUGGCAUAUAUGUAUAUCAUAGCUACUUUCUGAAGAAUUCUGCAAGAUCCCUUUUUUAGCAGACAACCUGUUGCAUAAAGAUGGAAGACAUACCUGAAAUAUACACUAUCUCCGAGGGCGAGGUUGCAACCGUAACAGAAUAUGGAGCAUUUAUUAAGAUUCCUGGUUGCAAACGGCAAGGUCUUGUCCACAAGUCACAAAUGUCAGCAGGACGGGUGGAUAAUCCAUCUGAGAUUGUGGAUGUUGGAGAGAGGGUCUGGGUUAAAGUAAUUGGGAAAGAGGUAAAGGAUGGCAAAGUCAAGAUCUCUCUUUCAAUGAAGUGUGUUAAUCAAGGAUCUGGGAUGGACAUCGAUCCAAAUAAUGUGGCUCUUGAUCAGGAAGAGAGGAGAAGACGCACGUUCAAGGACUUCACAACGCAAAGGAUAACACUUGAAGCUGUACUGAACACACUUUGCAAAAAGUGUGGAUGUAAAGGGCAUUUUGCGAAAGACUGCUUCAUGCAGCCUGGAGGUGUCAAAUAUAGUCUGAUUCCUGAUGAUGAAGUGGCAUUAGCAAACUGUUCCAGCCAGCCUGAAUGCCAACCUCCAAAGAAGAAAAAGAAGGUAAAAGAAAAGGAACAGAAGAAGAGCAAGGAAAAGAAAACUUCCUCCAAAUCUUCUUCGGAUACAUCAGAUACAAGCAGUGACCGAGACCGUGCAGAUAACCAAAGACACAAGCAUUCAAAAAAGACACAAAAAUCACAUAAAAAGAAACACAAAAAACACAAGCAUAAACGAUCCAAAAAGAAGGAAUAAGUAAGAACUGUAGAAAAUCUCAAAAUUGAUUUUUGAGAUCAAGGAUAUUUGUAUGUAAAUGUUAACACUCAAGAAAGCUAAUACUGUGGUUCCUUCCUUCCCUGUAAUUGAUGGCAAUGCAUUGUAUUUGAUUACAAGAUGAAAUAAAUUUGAAGUACACUGAAUAUAUUAUUCUGUUGUCAAA